AUGAGGAAGAAGAGGGGGAGGCUGUGUUGGUGGCGGGGAGUGGGGGACUCCGACCUGCUCACAGACGGCAGAGCUCACAGCUUCAGUGGACAGCUCCGUGGUGCUGAAACCUCUCACACUCCACUCUCUGAGCCGCGCUGCACGACUGGAAACAUGGAGGGAUCCUCGCGGAAACUUUUUCUACUUUCUUGCCUGGUUGUUGUGGGGAGCUCUGCGCAAGACUUCGGACAGACGCAGUUUAUUUGCACGUCGGUGCCCAAGGAUAUGGACUUGUGCACGGCCACAAUGCAGAACAGCGGGCCGGCGGAGGACCUGAAGACCACGGUGAUGCAGCUGCGAGAGACCGUGCUGCAGCAAAAGGAAACAAUAAUGAACCAAAAGGAGACAAUCAGGGAACUUACGUCCAAGUUGAGCCGCUGCGAGAGCCAGAGCCUCCCGGCGACGGGACCCGGGGGGAGACGGCCGGGGUCAAAGAACACGAUGGGGGAUGUAUCCCGGGGCACAACAGACACUCUGGCCCAGCUGGGUCAGACUUUACAGACCCUGAAACAGAGACUGGAGAAUCUAGAGCAGUACAGCCGAGGAAACAACACCGUGCAGGCGAACAGCCUGAAAGACCUGCUGCAGAACAAGAUAGACGACAUGGAGAAGCAGGUCCUAUCCCGGGUUAACACGUUAGAGGAGACCAAGCCGGGCGCAAGGAACGACACCGACCAGCGGAACAGAGUGGAGUCCACGCUCACCUCUCUGCACCACCGCAUCACAGACCUGGAGAAAGGUAAGGAAACCAGGCCGACAGACAAAUUCCAGCUCACCUUCCCCCUGAGAACCAACUACAUGUAUGCCAAAGCCAAGAGGAGCCUUCCUGAGAUGUACUCCUUCAGCGUGUGUCUGUGGAUCAAGUCCAACGCCUCUCCUGGGGUGGGGACGCCCUUCUCCUAUGCUGUCCCAGGUCAGGCCAACGAGCUGGUGCUGAUCGAGUGGGGCAACAACCCCAUGGAGAUUCUCAUCAAUGACAAGGUGGCAAAGCUGCCGUUCCUCAUCAAUGACGGGAAAUGGCAUCACUUAUGCAUCACAUGGACCACCCGUGACGGGAUGUGGGAAGCCUUCCAGGACGGAGUGAUGCGGGGCAGCGGGGAGAAUCUGGCACCCUACCACCCCAUCAAACCAGACGGAGUGCUGGUCCUGGGACAAGAGCAGGACUCGUUGGGAGGAGGCUUCGACGCGACACAAGCAUAUGUUGGAGAGUUAGCAAACUUAAAUAUCUGGAGUAAGAAACUUUCCAUUGCAGAGAUCUACAACUUGGCGACCUGCAACAGCAAAGCACCGGCUGGCAACGUCUUCUCCUGGACGGAGAGCAACAUUGAAAUAUUUGGCGGAGCGACCAAAUGGACAUUUGAGCCCUGCCGUUCCCACAACUGAACUGCAUAAAAGAGAGGCCUCUCUGUAUUUCUGAGCUUUUGUCGUUCUUGUCUUCAUUUGACGUUCGUUAGAGACUAUUUGAGUUAUUGGUAAGCUUCAAUCUGGGGAUUUCUAUCAUUCUUAGGUAUUUCUGUGCAAAACAACACUUUCCAUCUUGAGGAGAAAAAAAAAUUGUCUUGGAAAACCUCAGUGAGAAAGUAUUGGGUAUCCGGUUCUCCUUCUAUUUUUUUCUUGGAUGUUCAGUUGAAAGCACACCAAAGCUUUCGUUUGGCUUUCCUUGUCUUGGACUGGCAACUGGCAAUCUGCGCCUUAUGUUCGGACAAUUCACAAUCCAAGGGAGGAAUUACAUAACCAUUCCCACACCCCUUCCCCUUCCGGAGUGGGAGAUUAUGCUGUCCAUCCAAUUCUUGUCAGUGUUUGGCUCUGUGAAAUGAUGUCUGACGUGGUACAGCUCCCUGCCACCACCCUCCUGCCUCCCCACCAACACAAACAAACACACACACACACAUCACCCCCCCCCCCAAC